AUUGGGCCUCGCCGACUUGCGAUCAACCUGCUACCGAAAGGAACAUAGAGAAUAAGUUGAAAAAAUUUACGAUUUUUCAAGGCGUCUUGCCUCAGUUUUGUCAUGUCAAUGAGAUGAAAAUUUUGUGUUCGUUCCCAGUCUACCGCGCUGCUUUCGUCUCACAACAACCCCGCGGUGUGAUCAAAAUAGAUUUACGGCCGCAGAGCCUCGAACGAAUCAUGGUUUGUUGCUGUGUGUUGUAUUAAUAUGGCCGAUUCUUCUUCAGUUGUUUCAAGUGAAGUACAAUCUCCAUUCACUAAUGGAGACGGUGAAAGUUUAGAGGAGAAAGACGGCAUCGGCGACGAUGUACCAGUGGGAGUCAUCCCGAGGAAAUCAAGCGUUCUAAAAAAAGAUGGGAAAAGUACGAAACGAGCAUUACAAAAGUCAGUCUCUUUCAUCGCCCGACCGGAGGACAAACGAAUUAUCAAUGGUGAGAUUGCUUGAAGAAUCUGCAAGCGUUUUCAAUAUUUAUCAUGUUGUUUCUUAGGCGUAAUGAUUAUUGUUCGCCUUUCACCAUAGCCGCGGACUGUCUAACAUUUAUGCAGAAUGGCUCUGAAUUGAUGAAAAUUCGCUCGAACUCGAGGCAGUACCAGAGGUUUUUCUUCCUGGAUGAAGAUCUUUCCAGUCUUCGAUGGCGUCCCUCUUCCAAGAAGCCAGACAAAGCAAGAAGUAAGUGAUCUUGUGUAGUCUUAUAUGAAUUUAGAUCCUCUUUCUGUUUGUGUAUUCUAGCUGUCAUGUUGUGCAGUGUGUUGUGUUUCGACCUUCAGUGAAUCAUGUGUUAUAGAUCAGACUUCGCCGGAUAUGCGCUCCAAGUUUGUUCUCUGUUAAGCAGUAUAUUAUAAGCUUAACGUGGCAUUUUGUGUAGUAUCUGCUGAACAUUACUUGUCAUCUAUGUCAGACGGAUUGUAAAUAGUCAUUGCUUUUCACUUAAAUCUUUAAACGUGGAUUUAGCUCAGUUUUCCUAUGGACAAAGUCUAAGCUUACACUGAAGCCAUUUUACACACAAACUUUUUUGUCUCUCGCAUAUGACAGUUUCAUUAAAAAAAAUGGAACUCUUAGUCCGUAAGUUGUCUGAUUAAAUAAGGAAAUGAUUGUGUUGGCACAUACUUUUGUUGCUACAGUUGUCAAAUUCCGCCGAUGAUCAAGUUGAAUCUUGCAAUAUGCAUUAAAUAAAUAAAGCUCUGUUCUAACUAUUAUUCAUACACUGUUCAGAAGUUUCCCAUAACAGACUAAAUAUUUUCGAAUACAACUUCUUCAAGCGUAAGCUAAUAUAUUUUAUAUUUGGGUUAAAAACUGAGUUACCUUUUGAGAAUCGUCGAAACCUCUUCCAUCAAAAAAUUAGAAGAGUAAACAUAUAUAAAUGAGGAUAUUUUUUAUUGCGAUUAAUGUUUUUUAUUAGUUUUUCUGUGCACGAAACUAUUCUCCAUUUUAGACGUCGGCUAACGUCUUAAACAAGGUUUAUUUCCGCCGUGGCGAUAAAUAUUAUCGUUGGUUUGACUCUCGAACUUGGAAGAUUGUCAAGCUUCCGGAUCAAAAUCAAUGAUCGACUAAACAAGUUUGAAAGUUAAUAAUUUGAAUGAAAAAGGUUAAAUUUUAAAUGUGCUGCGUUAUACGUAGGUGCAGAAGAUGUGAUGCCAAACUGUUUUCCUCUGUUAUUGUCUCGACUUCGCUAAUCCAUGUUUUGAAUGUGGGGAUUACUGUUCCAGAGACAUGACCAUUACUUCAGCUGCUAAUUUACAUAUUUUUAUUAGUUUGUUACUUCUGAUAGAGCAGUUAAAAAUUAACGUGUAGAUUUAAUGUCCAGUCACAAAAAAGCUCAAUGCAAAUUUUCAAUCCAAUCGUAAUAAGAAUAGUCUGAUUCUCGUGAUUCACAAACAAGGAAGUAAAUAAAAUGUUUUUAGAACUGCAUUUAGAACUUUAUAAGGGUCUUGCCAUUUAGCAUGGUGCUAUUUGGUUAUGCUGCAGUAGGAACUUCAGUUUUGGAACAAUAUGUUUUUGGUUCAUGGAAAGUCUCUUUCCCAGUGGAUGUUAUCAAAGAAUGUUUUGCGAUUAUCUUUCUGGAUCGGUUUCUCAAUUAUUGUUUGUCAUCUUUUGGCAUGGGAAGUCCAAAACAGGUAUUCAAAUAAAUAAUUGUCCAAUUAUGUAAUGAUUGCUUCAGUCUAAAUCAUCAGCAUAAAUCGUUGUCUGUUUUCUACCUGCUAAGCGCUGUUCAAUUCACACUCAUGUAUGCAGGUGAUUUUUUUCAAGGUGACUUUCAGGCGAUUGCUUUAUAGUAGACUAGCAUAAUUAUUAAUUAAUAUCUGAAUUAACAAGGUACUUCUGACUAUUUUUCCUCACCACCAAAGUGGACUUUUUUUUACAUGCCAGUACAGGCUGAAAGAUGAUGUUAUUGAUCAAAGGUGAAGUCAAGCUAUCGUUACCAAUGUUCUGCUUUGCAGUAAACAUUCCAACGAUUUUUGUC